AUGAACAAACCGUCCUUCAGCUCCAUUCCGCCGGAGCUUAUGGCCAAAGUGGCCGACGACGUGGUGGCCGACUUGGACGCCACAACGCCCGACCCCGCCACCCGACAGUCUCAGAUUGUUUCCUUAACCCACAUCUGCGGCAGGUGGAGGGAACAGCUUGUGAACAACCGGAAGUAUUGGACGGCCAUAUUCAUUCAAACGGUCGGCAGUCUGAAGGACCUCAUCGCUCGCUCCCGCAACGCCACAUUGACAAUCGCCGGAUCGCUUGACGACAACGACGGUGGCAACGACGUCGAGGAUCGCCGCAAAGACAACAAGGAGAAACUAGGCGUGGUGAUGGGC